UCUUCAACAAACAAGCAUUCCACCCAUUUUGUUGAAUUUUCUAUCGUUUUCAAAUAAUACUUCACAGAGAUGACUUCGAAAAGUGAAAAAGAUCGUGCUAAACAGAUCCAGGAUCGAUGUCAGAACAUAUUAAUGGUGAUGUUAAAGGAUGAGGACAAUAAAUAUUGCGUUGACUGCGAUGCGAAAGGACCAAGAUGGGCGUCGUGGAAUAUAGGCAUAUUUCUGUGCAUCAGGUGUGCGGGUAUUCAUCGGAACCUCGGUGUUCACAUCUCCAAAGUGAAGAGCGUCAAUCUGGACUCAUGGACACCCGAACAAGUGGUAUCUCUACAACAAAUGGGCAACUCUCGCGCAAGGGCCGUGUACGAGGCAAACCUACCAGAUUCGUUCCGGCGGCCUCAGAACGAUUCUUCGCUAGAAGCAUUCAUUCGCGCCAAAUAUGAACAGAAGAAAUACAUUGCCAAGGAAUGGGUGCCACCGCCCACGCCUAAAGUUAACUGGGAUAAAGAGAUAGAUGAAGAAAUGGAACGUCAGAAACGGAAAAAGAAGUCCUCAGGCGUAGGGCCCCUACCUGCGCCUACCACCAGUGACAAGAAAUACAAUAAAUCAGAGGUCAUACCAAGCUUACCAAAACCGAAAUCGUCAGUCAGCCCAAAACUAGGUCGAAGCACGCCCACACUUCAGGCGGACAGCAAACCCUCAAACGGUUCUGCAGACCUCCUCGGUUUAGACACAGCGAAGCCCGAAACUAAACCAGCCAGCGAUGAUAUAUUCUCCAGCUUCUUCUCAGCGCCACAGGAGAAACCAGUGGAACCAAAACCCGAAGAAGUGAAGGCCGAUUUGAAAACAGAAGAGGAGAAUUUCUUCAAACAAGCCGCACCAACGGAGAAGGAAAAGUCUAAAUUAACUAAAGACAGUAUAUUGGCAUUGUACAGUCAAACACCAUCAACUAAUCUAGGUAACCAAUUCAAUCCUGUGCAGCCAGCGCAACAAACGUACCCUUUCGGAGGGUACCCACCCCAAGGGUAUAACAACAUGCCAGCACAAAAUGGUAUGCAAUUUAAUCAAUUCCAACCGAUGGGUAGUCAAUUCCAACAGUUUGGGGCACCGUUACAGCAACCGUUGCAGGGCACGCAGAACUUUGGUCAAAGUAAUCAACUGUUCAAUCAGUCGCAACAGCAAGCACAACAGUUGCCGCAACAAUUCGGCGGUUUAAACUUAGGACAGAGUUUUCCUAACGCGUUCGCGCAGCCCAAUGCGAAUGUAGCUAGUAACACGUGGCAGUAGACUACUUUUGCUUUAUAGUUAAUUUAACAUUAAGGUCUACUCUGGAAACAAAGUCUAAUGGAAUACCAUCAAAUCAAAUCAAAAUAUCUUUAUUUAUUUAUGUCUAUUACAAACUCUUAUGAUAUGUCAAAUCUACCAUCAGUUCGGAAUGCUUUCGAGAUGUGAAGAUCUGACAAGAAACUCAGUUCUUAUUCUUUUCCAAUAUA